AUGAGGAGAUGCCUGACUCCCUGCCUCCCUCUGUUUCCCCUAAAGGACCUGGAGUUCCACGGCGUGAUGCGGUUCUACUUCCAGGACCGGGUCGCCGGUAACUUUGCCACGAAGUGCAUCAGAGUCUCCAGCACGGCGACCACGCAGGACGUCAUCGAGACGCUCGCCGAGAAGUUCAGGCCGGACAUGAGGAUGCUCUCCUCGCCCAAAUACUCGCUGUACGAGGUGCACGUCAGCGGCGGCCUGAGGAGUUAA